AUGGAAGAUCCAAGGAUGAAGCUCCACUGUGGCCUUACCACUAAUAAUUCGGCAGCUAUGUUUGGCCUCCAUGAGAAAGGUCUUGACUUCGAACUUGUCUUCGUAGAUUGGAUUGCUGGUGAAGCCAAAACAAAAGCCUUUCUUACUAAUCUCAACCCAUUUGGUCGAGUUCAGAUUCUUGAAGAUGGGGAUCUUAAACUUUUUGAAUCAAAAGCGAUCACGCGGUACCUAGCCGAACAAUACAAAGACGGUGGAACAGACCUAUUAUCAAAUGAUCCCAAAGAGAGAGCAAUUGUAUGGAUGUGGAUGGAAAUAGAUACAAAUCAGUUUUUUUUUCUUUUUGCAUCAACUCUCAUCGGAGAACUCAACAUAAAACCAUUCCAAGGUUUAGCCACUGACUUUACGUUGGUUCAGAAAAACAAAGAGAAAUUAUCUGAAGUCCUCAACAUCUACGAGGCUCGUUUAGGCAAGUCGAGUUACUUAGCCGGAGAAAGCUUCACUUUAGCAGAUCUUCGUCAUCUUCCACCUAUUCGCUACAUGUUGAAAAUGGAAGAAAAAGGCGUGAAAGACUUGAUCUAUUCACGUCCCAAUGCAACUGCAUGGGUUGAGAAGAUGAAGUCGAGAUCCGCUUGGCUAAAAACAGUCGUACAAGGCGGUCAUAUCUUUGAGCUGAUGAAGCAAUGUUGUCUACCUAUACAGUUUGAGUCGUCAUAUCACGAGGUAACCGUUGUGGCUAAGACAACUGCGCUGGUGACUGGGAACAAUUAA